UAUGUGAACCGAAGUAGUUAGUUAGUUAGUUUUGGAAUUUUUGCUGUAAGAUUAGCUUCCCUUUUCUCCCUUUCAAGCUUAUUUUUCCUUUUUUGCGCACCACUAUCACUUUUUUUUUUUUUUAUCAUUUUGGACACCCGCAAGGCUGAACAAGCAAUAAAGGCCAAUUUCCCAUUUUCUAGUCUACCUGCCAUAGCAUAAGCAAAGAGGCGUUUCCCGAUGUCCGCGAAUUGUAAAGUGAUUUUGAUUGGACGGUGAUUUAUCAGUCAGGCACAUUUUCCAAUAAUUUUUUCUUGUUAUUUUAUUAGACACAAAUCAACCACCUAUGUCUUGUCAAUCUCAUUUCCUCCGGCCCUGUUCACAAUGACUCGCUUAUUGUAUUCCUCUCUUGUAAGUCGCUUUGGAUAAAAGCAUCUGCUAAAUGAAUAAAUGUAAACGUAAAUAUCACAUUUUGUUCUACAGUAUUUACAUGCCUGUUUCCAAACCAGCAUGCAAAUUACUUUCUGUAAAAAAACAACACACACAUUUAUGAAUACUUCAGUUAAUUAUUGUCUUUUGUGGCUAACCACCUGAUCUCCACCUGAUUCCUGUUUCAUUCUUGGAAACAGUAUCAGCAGUUACUCUUAUGACAUCUUACUUUACCUCGGCUCAUCUCAGAAGAGUGAACUCAACUACCGAGUGCGGUAAACCAACUGAAGAGAAUAUUUUUUUUCGGUCAAUUUCAGAUUCAGCAACAAGAAUGUCUCAAACUGUCGUACCCGUGAACUCUUCGACGCUCGUCAUCCAGUUUCAACCACCAACACAAACAACAGCAGCUGGAACUGGGACAAAUGCUCCUGUGCCUGUUUAUAUACAGCAGCCAGCUGGAGUUUCACCUUUUCAUGGACUUCAGGCAUUUCUAAAAGGCCAACCAAAAGCCCUUGGGACUGUCCAGAUAAUGAUUGGUCUGUUGACUCUCCUGUUGGGAAUUGUGUCUACAAUUAGUACAGCUUCCAUCAAUGUCAUUAGUGGUAUUCCUUACUGGGGAUCUCUCAUCUACAUUAUCGCAGGCUCACUCUGCAUUGCUGCAGAAAACAAACAGAAUUCACCCUCCGGUUUGUGUUUGGUGAAAGGUUCACUUGGAAUGAAUAUUUUCAGUACUAUAACUGCAGGCAUUUCCUUUAUCUUAAUUUCAUUGGAUUUGGCUUUUGGGCCAUUUAACGCUUGGUGCAACGAUUAUUCUUGUUAUUAUUUUGAGGCACAGUAUAAGACACUAUUCUGGGGAAUCAGCAGUGUAACAUUCAUAUUUGCUGUCCUUGAGUUUAUCAUCUCCAUCUAUCUGUCAGCAUUUGCCUGUAAAGUCACCCCCUGUUGUACUCCACAGGUGGCGUUUGUUCCACAAGUUUUACCUCAACAGCCCUGUUGUUUUAGGCACAAUCAUGUCCAUGAUCUUAACAACCCAGAGAUAUCUGUGGUCAGCGACAAUUCAACGCAUCACCGUCCUGCCGAAGUUCCUCCACAAUACAGUGAAUUUAAAGAAUGAAUAAUAAGACAGAGUUGAGGUGGAACACAUGAGUUUCCCAGUGAUUUCCUGUCCAUUAUCUCUAAUAUCCUUUCAUUAAAAAGAGAACAUGACAAAUCAUUUGAUCAGAUAAUAAUUACAGAUUUCUCUUAAGUCACAAAUGUGUAAACAAUAACUAUUCAAGACUUUCUUUCUUUUGUUAAGUUAAAUUUUAGUUAAGACAAGACAUUUGCCUAAUCGUCAGUGAAACUGAAUAGAUUGUUUUGAACAACUAAUUCUUUAAUACUGUAUAAUCUGUAAUAAUAAAGUAUACAGAAUAUAUAUAAAUGGCUUAUUUAUGUCUUUUUUUAUCUUUCAUCUGUAUUUAACUAGACAAGUCACUUAAGAACAAAUUCUUAUUCACAACAACAGCCUGGCAGGAGAAUAGGAGCGAUAUUUCUACCGAAUUGCAUCGAGGCAGUAGAUAUAGUGAAUGUGAAGCCAUCACGGCGUGUUUAGUUCUAGUCUGGUUUGUUUAUAUCGCGCUGCCUUUCUGCUAGUGAGUUUAGGGCAGUAUUCUUCAUUUUGUCGUGAUUAUGAAAAAUGUCGCCGUUGUAGGUCAUUCAUGCUGAAUCGAGAAUUGACUAUAUGCACAGAUCGUUCUUUAGAACUUCCACAAUAAUACAGGCCAGCUUAUAUUAAACUUCCGGUGAAAUGUCACUUGCUUGUGGUGUUGAGCAUAAAUACUGUAAUACUUAGUUUAUAAUCUGAAUAUAGUCACUUAAUAGUCAGGCGUAGCAUUAAUUUAGUUAUUCAAAUGGAAGACAACAUAAAAAAAAAAAAAAAAUAUCUGGAGGACAUGAGGACAUGAAAGACAGUCGAUGUUUUAGCUCCCUUUGAAGAACUGACGAGGGCAGUGAUCAUUGAGACUGCAGUUUUCUAUAGAGCACAGCACUGACCAAAGUAUCAAGAUGAUUAAAGCCACUUUUCUAGAGGCAGUGGAUAGAUGCUUUAGCUAGAUUGAGAUUGAGCCACUCGACUGCAUUGAUACUUUAGUGGAUCCCAAACACAAGGACAGGCAAGUUCAGUAUGAAUGCUAUGAUAAAACUUUAUUAUUCUUUAUGUAACCCUGAGUAAACUUGGGUUAAUAAAACCUGUCAAUGAUUGAAAAGCACUUAAUCUGUGAACAUUUUAACUGGACAUAUACAAAUAUGUUCAUUACUGUUGUUAUUUUUAAGAGUGUGAACCUAUAUUUAUAAUGUAUGCAAAUAUAGUUGAGCAAAACCACUUUUUUCUGAUUGGCUGUAAAAGUUUUAGUCCCACCUUCCAUACAGGAAAGUGCACUCUUAUUGGUGAGUAAAGAUUCAUUAGGGGAGAAGAGAAUUGGUGCGUUCAAGUCAUGUCGAAAAUAUCGUAUUUACGAGCUGAACGCACAUGAACGCCACCACAAUGUCGUGAACAUGAUUGGGAAGCUCGGGAUUUUCGCUAAGCCCGAUCUAUACGAGUUGAGGGCGUGUCAGUGAGAAACAUAGCGGAAUACCAUAAUACUUAAAGGUCUUUAGCAGUGACAUUGUCAGGAUUUUUUCUGUUUACAAAGAAGUAAGCUGAUUCCCUGCACAAAAUAUGAUAGCAUUAUAAGAUAACAAUAUAAUAUGUAACGAUAAAGUUCACAGUGGCUUCAUAAAUUAA